AUCUUUGGUACUGUACAUAUGUGCUGCAGGGAAAACCCAUAUGUUUCAUACUGUGCGAAAUACCCCUUUGUAAAUAAGGAUAUAGGUUUUCCCUGCGCACUAUAAGUUUUAAUGAUCUAUUCAUCAAGUGCAAACGUUCCAAUUUAUGUAGGUGUUCAGUGUAAUAUACUAAAUGUGGAAGAACCAAGCCGUGCUGAAAUGCUCCUAACACUUCCAGAACCCGAACCGGGAAGUGAAGAGACAGGAGAUGAUAUGGACACCAGCGACGAGGAUUUCCAAUGCGGAGAUGAAAGCGAGUCUGACAAAUCGGAAUUAGGAGACGAAGACACAAGUAAUCCCACUGAGAACCUACGCCAGCAACCUAAAUACAUCAUAUUCCUGUCACAGUUGCUGUUGCUAUUUAAGUUUUGCCAUUAUUGCAAAGCAGAUGACCCUCUCGUUGAAACUACGACGGAUGGAACCCUGCUAAUUGUGAGGACAACUUGUGCCAAUCCCGUUUGUAGUCGAAAAAACAACAUAUGGAGAAGUCAACCACUGAUGCCUACGACAAAACUGAACGCUUGCGAUUUCCUGCUAAGUUUCGCUAUUCUUGUAUCUGGAGGAUCACCCACUAAAGUGCUCAACAUGUUUCGACACAUGGGACUUGUUGGAAUGUGCAAUGAAUCUUACUAUAGACACCAAGGGAAAAUGUUGUUUCCAACAAUCUUUCUUCACUGGGAAGAUUACCGAAGAAAGAUUCUGGGUCGGUUACAAGCAUUGGAAUCUUUGGUUAUUUCUGGUGAUGGACGGCACGAUAGCAUGGGGCAUAGUGCAAAAUAUGGUGCUUACACAAUAUUUUGUUGUACCUCAGCUGAAAUAAUUGAUUUUAGUUUGAUCCAGAGAAAUGAAGUUGGAAGCAGCCCUGCAAUGGAAUUUGAAGGGUUCCAAAGAUGUUUGAACUUUCUCCUAGCUGAAGGCCUGGACAUUUCCACCUUUGUCUCAGACAGACAUCAAACAAUAGCAAAACACAUGAGGGAGAAACUACCAAAGAUAAAACAUUAUUUCGACAUAUGGCACUUGAAAAAGAAGCUGCAUAAGGUCUUGACUAAGCUGGCUAAAGAGGCAGAUUGUGAAGAACUGGCAGAAUGGAUACAACCCUGUAUAAACCACCUUUACUGGAGUGCCACAUCUACUUACUCAGGAAAUGGCAGGAUUAUACUGGCUAAGUUCAAGUCUUUCCUUGGUCAUAUUGUUGACAAACAUGAUGGGUUUGAUGACCCAUUGUAUGAUAAAUGUGUUCAUGGUGAACUGACUCCAAGAAAGUGGAUUCUACCUGAUUCUCCAGCCUACACAAAACUAAGUGGUGCUAUGCUAAAGAAGUCCUUUGUUAAGGGCAUUAAACAAGCUUCACCGUUGGACCAAACUAGUUGUUUGGAAGGUUUCCACUCUGUCAUCAAUCAGUUCUCCCCAAAAAUGAAUGCUUAUUCAUUUUCUGGUAUAUACUGCAGACACAUCCUGGCAGCAAUCCAUUUUAAUGCUAAUUUAUGUCGUAAGGCAAAACUCCAUGAAGAUGGUACACCACAGGUCAAGGUGUCUUAUCCAAAGUUUAAAGGUGGCGAUGCCACUGUUAGGGAAAGCAAAGUAAAACAAAACUUUGGUAAGGAAGUUAAAAGAAUGAAUGGUGCAAUGAGCAUUAAUGAAAAAGCUUCUGAAAAAUUAAAAGAGAUGACACCUGCCCCCAUGAACACCAUGUUUGAAAACAAGGAAUUGAAAGAAAUUGCCAUCAAAAAGCAGGAGGCAAGAAAAAAUCUUGUUGUGGAAGAUGUUCCUCCAACAACAAUUUCAGUUGUUCUUGCUCAGGAAAAGGCAGCAAAGGCUGCUAAAGCAGCCUCUGGCAGAGCAGCUCCAAGGUGUUCCUUGUGCAAGAAUUUGAUGAAGGGACACAAAGAAGUGAAGGAUUGUCCCAAAAAUCAAAAGCAAACACAGCAGUAA